AUGUCUGUAUCAAUGAAAGAUGUGGAUCCAGCUUUCCAGGGAGCUGGGCAAAAGGCCGGUCUUGAGAUAUGGCGAAUUGAAAAUUUCCAGCCUGUUACAGUCCCAAAAUCCUCACAUGGAAAAUUUUUCACAGGAGAUUCCUAUGUAAUUCUAAAGACCACUGCAUUGAAAAGUGGUGCACUACGCCAUGAUAUUCAUUAUUGGCUAGGUAAAGAUACCAGUCAGGAUGAAGCUGGAACUGCAGCUGUCAAAACUAUUGAAUUAGAUGCAGCACUGGGCGGGCGUGCUGUUCAAUACCGUGAAUUACAAGGUCAUGAGACAGAGAAGUUCCUUUCCUAUUUUAAGCCAUGUAUAAUACCUCAAGAAGGUGGAGUUGCUUCGGGAUUCAAGCAUGUCGAGGCCGAAGAGCAUCAUACUCGUUUGUUUGUAUGUAAAGGGAAGCAUGUUAUUCAAGUGAAAGAGGUGCCUUUUGCUCGAUCCUCUCUCAAUCAUGACGACAUCUUUAUUCUCGAUACAACAUCUAAAAUUUUCCAAUUCAAUGGUUCUAAUUCAUCCAUUCAAGAGAGAGCUAAAGCUCUAGAAGUUGUUCAGUACAUUAAAGAUACAUAUCAUGAUGGAAAAUGUGAAAUAGCAGCUAUCGAAGAUGGAAGGCUAAUGGCUGAUGCUGAGACAGGAGAAUUUUGGGGUUUCUUUGGUGGCUUUGCACCGCUUCCGAGGAAAACAGCCGCUAAUGAACUGAAGAUAACUGAUGCUGGUCCUUCUAAGCUCUUCUGUGUUGAGAAGGGGGAGGCAUUACCAAUUGAGGCCGAUUCUUUGACGAGGGAUUUACUAGACACACAUAAAUGCUUUAUUCUCGACUGUGGUGUGGAAGUAUUCAUUUGGAUGGGCAGAAAUACUUCUCUUAAUCAAAGAAAAGCUGCAAGCAGCGCUGUUGACGAAUUACUGCGUGGUCAAGAUAGAGCCAAAUCGCAUGUAAGCCGUGUGAUUGAGGGGUUUGAGACUGUGACGUUUCGUUCAAAGUUUAAUUCUUGGCCACAAACUGUCAGUGUAACCGUGUCUGAGGAGGGUCGAGGGAAAGUUGCAGCACUUCUAAAGCGCCAAGGCUUAAAUGUGAAGGGUCUUCUCAAAGCUGAAACUCCUAAAGAAGAGACUCAAUUAUAUAUAGAUUGUACAGGGGAUUUAAAGGUAUGGCGUGUGAAUGGUCAGCAGAGGACUCUUCUUUCAGGUUUCGAUCAGUCUAAAUUUUACAGUGGUGAUUGCUAUAUCUUUCAAUAUUCUUAUCCCGGAGAAGAUAAAGACGAACAUCUUAUUGGCACGUGGUUUGGGAAGCAUAGUAUUGAGGAAGAUAGGGUAGCAUCAGUUUCACAGGCAAACAAGAUGGUUGAGUCUCUGAAGUUUGUACCCACUCAGGUUUGCAUCCACGAAGGAAAUGAACCACUCCAGUUCUUUGCAAUUUUUCAGAGCUUCAUUCUCUUCAAGGGUGGACUUAGUAAGGGCUACAAAAAUCACAUUUCCGAGAAGGAACUUGAAGAUGAGACAUAUUCGGAGGAUGGACUUGCGCUGUUUCGAGUUCAAGGAAGUGGACCAGAAAAUAUGCAAGCCAUUCAAGUUGAUCCUGUGGCUUCAUCGCUUAAUUCUUCCUACUGUUACAUACUACAUAGUGGGUCCACUGUCUUUAUCUGGUCAGGAAAUCUUACAUCAUCUGAAGCCCAAGAACUCGCUGAAAGGCAGCUGGAUCUUAUAAGGCCAAACUCACAAUCUAAAUUGCAAAAAGAAGGUGCUGAGAUUGAGCAGUUUUGGGAUUUGUUAGGUGGAAAAUCCGAGUACCCAAGCCAGAAAAUUGCAAGAAAAGCUGAAAGUGAUCCUCAUCUAUUCUCCUGCACCUUAACGAAGGGAGAUCUCAAGGUGACUGAGGUUCAUAAUUUCAAUCAGGACGAUUUAAUGACAGAAGAUAUAUUUAUUCUCGACUGCCAAUCAGAUAUUUAUGUGUGGGUCGGCCAACAUGUGGAAUCAAAGAAUAAGAUGAAUGCAUUAAGUAUCGGAGAGAAAUUCCUGGAGCAUGAUUUUCUUCACGAGAGACUCUCUCUUCAAACCCCAAUAUAUAUUGUUAAUGAAGGGGGGGAACCGACCUUUUUCACCCGAUUUUUCUCUUGGGACUCCUCCAAAUCUGCUAUGCAUGGUAACUCAUUUCAAAGGAAAUUGGCUAUUCUUAAACAUGGAGGUACCCCACUGGUGGAUAAACCCAAAAGGAGAACGCCCAUCACACAUACUGGAAGAUCUGCCUUGCCAGAAAAAUCUCAACGUUCUAGAAGCAUGUCCUUUAGCCCUGACCGAGUUCGUGUUAGAGGUCGUUCUCCAGCCUUUAAUGCUCUAGCCGCUAAUUUUGAGAAUCCCAACGCAAGAAAUCUGUCAACUCCUCCUCCAAUGGUGAGAAAGGUCUAUCCGAAAUCUGUCACGCCUGAUUCUGCAAAUCUGGCUUCAAAAUCUUCAGCUAUAGCAGCCCUAAGUUCAACUUUUGAACAACCCCCACCUGCUCGGCAACUCAUGAUUCCCCGUUCUCCAUCUCCUAAAGUGAGCCCUGAGAUACCCAGGCCAAAAUCUGAGGCAGUAUCUCGGCAAAACUCAGUAGAUGUACUGAAGCCGCCAAAGCCCGAGCCAAUACAAGAAGAUGUAAAGGAAAGUGAAGCUGACGAUGAUGAAGGUCUCCCUGUAUACCCGUAUGAUCGUCUUAAAACGACGUCGUCUGAUCCAGUUUCGGAUAUUGAUGUCACUAAGCGAGAGACUUAUUUGUCCUCGGCCGAAUUCAAGGAGAAAUUCGGGAUGACAAAGGACACUUUCUACAAGUUGCCCAAAUGGAAACAGAACAAGCUCAAAAUGUCGCUUCAGUUAUUCUGA